AUGGCGUCUCUGCCUCCUCCCCCGCCUCCCGGCUGGGGUGCAUCGGCGCCGCCCUCGAUGCCUCUGGCUCCGCCACCGCCAGGAUAUCAACCGCCGGCCGAUCCGAAUGUCGCAAAGUUCGCCCAGAAGAAGAACGAAUGGCUGCGGACGCAACGGAACCGCUUUGGCGAGAAACGGAAAGGCGGAUUUGUCGAAACCCAGAAGGCCGAUAUGCCCCCGGAGCAUCUGCGGAAGAUUGUGAGAGACAUCGGCGACGUAUCGCAAAAGAAGUUCAGCAAUGAGAAGCGUAGCUAUCUGGGUGCGCUCAAGUUCAUGCCCCAUGCCGUCUUGAAGCUGCUGGAGAACAUGCCCAUGCCCUGGGAGUCUGCCAGAGAGGUCAAGGUGCUGUAUCACGUCAACGGCUGCUUGACUCUGGUGAACGAGACCCCCCGCGUCAUUGAGCCUGUGUUCCACGCCCAAUGGGCGACCAUGUGGGUGUGUAUGCGGAGGGAGAAGAGUGACCGGAGACACUUCAAGAGAAUGCGCUUCCCUCCAUUCGAUGACGAGGAACCCCCUUUGUCGUGGUCGGAGAACAUUGAAGAUGUGGAACCGUUGGAACCCAUUCAGAUGGAGCUGGAUGAGUCCGAAGAUGCAGCUGUCUAUGAGUGGUUCUAUGACCACCGGCCUCUGCUCGAUACGCCUCAUGUCAACGGACCGAGCUAUAAGAGCUGGAACUUAACUCUUCCACAGAUGGCCACCCUUUACCGACUCAGUCAUCAGCUCUUGAGUGACGUCGUCGACCAGAAUUACUUCCACAUGUUCGACUUGAACAGCUUCUUCACGGCCAAGGCGCUGAACGUCGCUAUCCCCGGUGGCCCUCGCUUCGAACCACUUUACAAGGAUAUCGAUCCCAACGAUGAAGACUUCAGCGAAUUCAACGCCAUUGACCGAAUCAUCUUCCGCGCGCCCAUCCGAACGGAAUACCGCGUCGCAUACCCCUACCUGUACAACACCCUGCCAAGAAGUGUCAAGCUCUCUUGGUACUCUCAUCCUCAGAUCGUCUACGUCCGGACCGAAGACCCCAACCUCCCUGCUUUCUACUUCGACCCCGUAAUCAACCCUAUUUCAUCCCGGUCCGUCGCCCCCAAGAACAUCACCGUCAGCCACGAAGAUGAGAUUUUCGGAGAUGGUGAUGAGGACGACUUCGAACUCCCUGGCGAUUUCGAGCCUUUCUUCGGCGAUGAAGAACUAUACACUCCAGACACGGCCUCCGCUAUUGCCCUGUGGUGGGCUCCUCACCCCUUCAACAAGCGCUCUGGCAAGAUGGUGCGCGCACAAGACGUUCCUUUGGUGAAACAGUGGUAUCUGGAACACUGCCCACAGGGCCAACCCGUCAAAGUCCGCGUGUCUUACCAGAAGCUUCUCAAAACCUAUGUGCUCAAUGAGCUGCACAAGAAGAAGCCCAAGGCUCAAAACAAGCAGAAUCUGCUUAAAACCUUGAAGUCUACGAAGUUUUUCCAGCAGACUACCAUCGACUGGGUUGAGGCUGGUCUGCAGGUUUGUCGCCAGGGUUUCAACAUGCUCAACCUCUUGAUUCACCGCAAAAACCUGACCUACCUUCACCUCGACUAUAACUUCAACCUCAAGCCUGUCAAGACCUUGACGACCAAGGAGCGAAAGAAGUCACGUUUCGGAAACGCUUUCCACCUGAUGAGAGAAAUCCUCCGCCUUACCAAACUGAUUGUCGAUGCGCAAGUACAAUACCGCCUGGGUAAUAUCGAUGCCUUCCAGUUGGCUGAUGGUAUCCUUUACGCCUUCAACCACGUCGGACAGCUGACUGGUAUGUACCGUUACAAGUACAAGCUGAUGCACCAGAUCCGUUCCUGCAAAGACUUGAAACACCUUAUCUAUUAUCGGUUCAACUCCGGACCCGUGGGUAAGGGUCCUGGAUGUGGUUUCUGGGCUCCGGCGUGGCGUGUUUGGCUCUUCUUCAUGCGUGGUAUCAUUCCUCUGCUUGAGAGAUGGCUCGGAAACUUGCUGUCUCGUCAAUUCGAGGGUCGCCACAGUAAGGGUGUUGCCAAGACAGUCACCAAGCAGCGUGUGGAAUCUCACUUCGACCUUGAGCUUCGUGCUUCUGUCAUGGCUGACCUUAUGGACAUGAUGCCGGAAGGCAUUAAGCAAAACAAGGUCAACACGGUCCUGCAGCAUCUCUCGGAAGCAUGGCGAUGCUGGAAGAGUAACAUCCCUUGGAAGGUCCCCGGUCUCCCAGCUCCUAUCGAGAAUAUCAUUCUGCGGUACGUCAAGAGCAAGGCUGAUUGGUGGAUUUCUGUCGCUCAUUAUAACCGUGAACGUAUCCGUCGGGGUGCUACGGUCGACAAGACGGUCGCAAAGAAGAACCUUGGACGACUUACACGUUUGUGGCUCAAGGCAGAGCAGGAGCGACAGCACAAUUAUCUCAAGGAUGGUCCUUACGUGUCAUCCGAAGAGGCUGUGGCCAUUUACACGACAAUGGUGCACUGGCUCGAGUCCCGCAAGUUUUCCCCGAUCCCGUUCCCUAGUGUCUCUUACAAGCACGACACCAAGAUCUUGAUUCUUGCUCUUGAGCGCCUGCGCGAGGCCUACUCUGUCAAGGGCCGACUUAACCAGAGUCAGCGUGAGGAACUCGCUCUCAUUGAGCAGGCUUACGACUCUCCCGGAACGACCUUGGCCCGUAUCAAGCGCUUCCUCCUGACUCAGAGAGCAUUUAAGGAAGUUGGUAUUGAUAUGAACGACAACUACAGCCACAUCAACCCCGUGUAUGAUGUUGAACCUAUUGAGAAGAUCACCGACGCCUACCUUGACCAGUAUCUAUGGUACCAAGCGGAGCAGCGCCAUCUCUUCCCUGCUUGGAUCAAGCCUUCGGACUCGGAAGUUCCUCCGCUGCUUACAUACAAGUGGGCGCAAGGAAUCAACAACUUGUCCAAUGUUUGGGAGACCGAGGACGGUGAGACGAACGUCAUGAUCGAGACUGAGCUUUCUAAGGUCUAUGAGAAGAUGGAUCUUACUCUGUUGAACAGAAUGCUGCGUUUGAUCAUGGACCACAAUUUGGCCGACUACAUUACCUCAAAGAACAACGUCCAGCUUAGUUACAAGGACAUGAAUCACACCAACAGCUACGGUCUGAUUCGCGGUCUCCAGUUCUCUGGCUUCGUGUUCCAGUACUAUGGUUUGAUGAUUGAUUUGUUGCUCCUUGGCCUGCAGAGAGGUAGUGAAAUGGCUGGCCCCCCUCAGAGCCCUAACGACUUCCUGCAAUUCAGAGACCGUGCAACUGAAACCAGACACCCCAUCCGUCUUUACACUCGCUAUGUGGACAAGAUUUGGGUCUUCCUUAGAUUCUCUGCGGACGAGUCUAGAGAUCUGAUUCAACGUUUCUUGACUGAGAACCCAGAUCCCAAUUUCGAGAACGUAAUCGGUUACAAGAACAAGAAGUGCUGGCCACGCGAUUGCCGGAUGCGUUUGAUGCGACACGAUGUCAACCUGGGUCGUGCUGUUUUCUGGGAUCUGAAGAACCGCCUGCCCCGGUCGAUCACCACCAUCGAAUGGGAUGAUACUUUCGCCAGUGUAUACAGCAAGGACAACCCUAACCUCUUAUUCUCCAUGAGCGGGUUCGAGGUUCGCAUCCUCCCGAAGUGCCGCAACCAGAACGAGGAGUUUUCCGUGAAGGAUAGCGUGUGGUCCCUGGUCGACAACUCGACCAAGGAGCGCACUGCGCAUGCUUUCCUGCAGGUAACGGAGGAGGACAUCCAGAAGUUCAACAACCGCAUUCGGCAGAUUCUGAUGUCGUCUGGAUCAACGACCUUCACCAAGAUCGCCAACAAGUGGAACACUGCCUUGAUCGCCCUCUUCACCUACUACCGUGAAGCUGCGGUGUCCACUGUCAACCUUUUGGACACGAUCGUGAAGUGUGAAACCAAGAUUCAGACUCGUGUCAAGAUCGGAUUGAACUCCAAAAUGCCUUCGCGUUUCCCUCCCGCCGUGUUCUAUACCCCGAAGGAAUUGGGAGGUCUGGGUAUGAUCUCGGGCUCGCACAUCCUCAUCCCCGCCAGUGACAAGCGUUGGUCCAAGCAGACGGACACCGGCAUCACCCACUUCCGCGCGGGUAUGUCUCACGACGAGGAGACGCUGAUCCCCAACAUCUUCCGGUACAUCAUCCCUUGGGAGGCCGAGUUCAUCGACUCGCAGCGGGUGUGGAUGGAAUACUCUCAGAAACGUCAGGAGGCGCAGCAGCAGAACCGCCGCUUGACGUUGGAGGACUUGGAGGACAGCUGGGACCGCGGUCUGCCCCGUAUCAACACCCUGUUCCAGAAGGACCGCAGCACCCUCAGUUUCGACAAGGGCUUCCGUCUCCGUGCGGAGUUCAAGCAGUACCAGUUGAUGAAGAGCAAUCCGUUCUGGUGGACCAGCCAGCGUCACGAUGGUAAACUGUGGAACCUCAACGCCUACCGUACCGACGUCAUCCAAGCGCUGGGUGGUGUCGAGACAAUCCUGGAGCACACGCUCUUCAAGGCCACGGCUUUCCCCUCUUGGGAGGGUCUGUUCUGGGAACGCGCCAGUGGCUUCGAGGAAUCGAUGAAGUUUAAGAAGCUCACGAAUGCCCAAAGAUCUGGUUUGAAUCAGAUUCCUAACCGUCGGUUCACUUUGUGGUGGUCUCCGACCAUCAACCGUGCCAAUGUGUACGUGGGUUUCCAGGUGCAACUAGAUCUUACGGGUAUUUUCUUGCACGGAAAGAUCCCUACACUCAAGAUCUCUUUGAUCCAGAUCUUCCGUGCGCACUUGUGGCAGAAAAUCCAUGAGUCUGUUGUCAUGGAUCUGUGUCAAGUUUUCGACCAGGAGCUUGAGCAGCUUGGUAUUGAGACUGUGCAGAAGGAGACUAUUCACCCUCGUAAGUCCUACAAGAUGAACAGUUCUUGUGCGGAUAUCCUGCUUUUCGCAACGAACAAGUGGAAUGUCACCCGUCCUUCCCUGCUAUUCGAUACCAAGGAUGUGUAUGAGCCGACCACUACCAACAAGUUCUGGCUUGAUGUCCAGCUCAGAUACGGUGACUACGACUCUCACGAUAUCGAGAGAUACGUUCGUGCUAAGUACCUGGACUACACUACUGACAGCAUGAGUAUCUAUCCUUCCGCAACGGGGUUGAUGAUUGCCAUCGAUCUCGCAUACAACCUCUACUCCGCUUAUGGGCAGUACUUCCCUGGUUUGAAGACUCUGAUCCAACAAGCCAUGGCGAAGGUCAUGAAGGCCAACCCGGCAUUGUAUGUGUUGCGAGAGCGUAUCCGGAAGGGUCUGCAGCUGUAUGCUUCGGAAAGCAACCAGGAGUUCCUCAACUCUCAGAAUUACUCUGAGCUCUUCAGUCCACAAAUCCAGCUUUUCAUCGAUGAUACCAACGUCUACCGUGUGACCAUCCACAAGACCUUCGAAGGUAACCUUACGACGAAGCCUAUCAACGGUGCUAUCUUCAUUUUCAACCCUCGCACUGGACAACUGUUCUUGAAGAUUAUCCACACCAGCGUUUGGGCGGGUCAGAAGCGUCUCGGUCAAUUGGCGAAGUGGAAGACAGCCGAAGAAGUUGCAGCGCUCAUCCGGUCUCUGCCUGUUGAAGAGCAGCCUAAGCAGCUCAUUGUCACUCGUAAGGGUCUUCUGGAUCCUUUGGAGGUGCAUUUGCUGGACUUCCCCAACAUCUCUAUCCGUGCUUCGGAACUGCAGUUGCCUUUCCAGGCUGCGAUGAAGGUCGAGAAGCUCGCUGAUAUGAUUCUUCGGGCGACUGAGCCUCAGAUGGUUCUGUUCAACCUGUACGAUGAAUGGCUGAAGUCGAUUUCCCCUUACAUUGCCUUCUCUCGUCUAAUUCUGAUUUUGCGCGCCCUCCACGUGAACAUCGAUAAGGCCAAGAUCAUUCUCAGACCUGAUAAGAGUGUCAUCACCCAAGAGCAUCACAUCUGGCCCACGUUGUCCGACGAGGACUGGAUGAAGGUUGAAGUGCAGCUCCGCGAUCUCAUCCUCAAUGACUAUGGCAAGAAGAACAAUGUCAAUGUUCAGAGCUUGACGAGCAGUGAAGUUCGUGACAUUAUCUUGGGUAUGGAGAUCAGUGCACCGUCACUCCAGCGCCAGCAAGCUGCAGAGAUCGAGAAGCAGCAGGAAGAGCAGAAGCAGCUUACGGCUGUCACUACGAAGACGCAGAACGUUCGGGGUGAGGACAUCAUUGUUACCACCACGUCGCAGUAUGAACAGCAAUCGUUUGCUUCAAAGACCGAGUGGCGCACCCGUGCUAUCGCGACCUCCAACUUGCGGACUAGGUCGAACAACAUCUAUAUCUCCUCCGACGAGGUUAGGGAUGAGGGUUACACCUACAUCAUGCCUAAGAAUGUCCUUAAGCGAUUCAUCACCAUUGCUGAUCUACGUGUGCAAGUUGCCGGUUUCCUUUACGGUAGCUCGCCACCCGACAACGAUCAAGUCAAGGAGAUUCGCACGAUCGUCAUGGUUCCUCAGGUUGGUAACACGCGUGAGGUUCAAUUGCCCCAGCAACUACCCCAGCAUGACUACUUGAACAACCUCGAACCUCUUGGUGUGAUCCAUACUAUUUCCGGAAACGAGCCACACUAUAUGACGGCCGCGGAUGUGACGCAGCACGCUCGCUUGAUGAACGCCCAUUCUUCCUGGGACAAGAAGACGGUCACGAUGACUGUUUCUUUCACCCCUGGAUCGGUUUCGCUUGCCGCGUGGGGACUCACUCCCCAGGGCUACAAGUGGGGUGCUGAGAACCGGGAUAUGACAUCGGAUCAACCCCAGGGGUUCUCGACUAGCAUGGGCGAGAAGUGCCAGCUUCUGCUCAGUGACAAGAUCCGUGGGUACUUCCUUGUUCCGGAGGAUAAUGUCUGGAACUAUAGCUUCAUGGGAAGCUCCUUCGGUAGUGUGGAGAAGCGGCCAGUGUAUGUUAAGAUCGACACGCCCCUGAAAUUCUACGACGACCAGCACCGCCCACUUCACUUCCAGAACUUCGCUGAGCUGGAAGAUAUCUGGGUUGAUCGUUCGGAUAACUUUGCGUGA